AUGGCAUUGGUAGGGUAUCCUGGUUCCUCCUCCGACGAGGCAGAGGCUACGACCACCACACCACCAGCGAAGAAGAGAAAGGUGGGUGGCGAGCAGAAGAAACCGUCUUCACUGCCUCCUUUGCCAAGUGCCUUCCGAGACCUGUACUCGUCAACUGUGCGAGCAAGCACGCAAGAUGACCCGGCUUUGCACGGUGGUCGUAAGCGUGUGACGCCGCACAUUGAGGGCAAUUGGCCUGCUCAUGUCUACCUAGAAUGGAACCCUACGCCUGAGGAGUACAAAAUACUGUCUUCUUGUAUCAACCAGAAAUCUACAAAUAUAAGCGACGACGGUGUCGAAAUUCACAGUCUUCUGCAGAACGAUCUAGGCGUGUCCUUGCCGCUUCACGUCUCUCUAUCCAGACCGCUGGUCCUGAAGACCGAGCAAAAGGCACCAUUCCUGGAGCAGCUCAAGCAAAAUAUCAUAACAAGUACGGCGAGAACUUUCAGUGCAAAACCUGUGUCUUUGCGAUGGCAUCCGAACGAAACUUCGACCCGCUGGUUCUUGGUACUCCAGCUGGGUAGACCACCCAGAGACGAGCUCGCGAAGCUGCUUGCUGCAUGCAACACUGUCGCCUCCGCUUUCGACCAGCCAUUACUCUACGCAGAUGACGAGAAAGCUGCCACUCCAUCGGAAUCCGCUGACGACGAGGAAAGAGCUGGCCGCUCCCAUAUAAGCGUUGCCUGGUCACUGGAAGCACAGACGACAUCUGGUACUCAUCUGACUGCUACAGCUAAGCAGGAUCCAGCUUUGUCAGACGACCACAGUCCAUCGACAAGCGGCUCUUACGCUGAGCUUGAUGUAGCAUUCGCGGAGAUGAAGGUCCGUAUUGGACAAGACGUAGAGACCAUUCCAUUGCCAGCUCUACGGAGAUUCAGAUAA